CACAAUGUGGCUACAAUGUUAAUUUAAGUUUCUUUAUUGUUUAUGUUCAAGUAACAGUUUUUUUUGUUGUUGUUUUCAUUCAUUUAUAAUGUACAACAACAUUAGUCAUACAGUAGGGUCCACCCACUUUUACAGGAAGAGUGCUGCAUAAGUUUCGUUUUCUUCAUUCUUUCAUUUCCAACAGAACGGAAGAAGUGGUUACUCAGUGUAGAAUUGAGAACAGCAGGCAUGACAGAGAACCCAGAAACAGAUCGAUACAGCGGCGAAAGAAGAAGAAACUUAAAUAUAAGAAAUGUUCAAGGAGGGCUGAAGAGCUGUGGGAACUAUUUCAUCAUGAAGUUUCUAGAUCUUUACAAAAAACAUCAAACAAAAGACAUCCGUGCAUAUCUGAAUGAGGCACUACACUGCAUCUUCUUUUUAGGCAACAUUCACACGUUGAAAAUUAAGCCUGCAGAAUUCUUUACCAGCAAUGAAUUGUUAACACUAAAGAGAAUGUUUCCAGACCCUUUUGAGAAAUACGCCACCCACCUGCCGAGCCGCACUCCUUUUUCCAUCCUACUUGACGCGAUUGUACAGAUUAAAGGCAGUCAGAAUCAAAAUGAGGUCAUGGACUAUCUGUGGACUUUCUUAAAAGACCUGAAGGUGCCAAAACCCAACACUAAUACCAAAAAAUAUUGGAACCAUUACACCUUGGAGGCCACUGUCAUCUGUAUUUGUCAUAAUGAAAGGACAGGGAUACAAAAACCAAAAAACUUCUACGGAGCGUCCCUGUCCUGCAAGGGGAAGGUGGAGCAGGAGGUCAUAAUCUCGCUCUCGUGUCUGGAAACAUGGAAUGCAGCAGUGGCUCAUGCAGUGUGCCUUGCAGACAGUGGUGGUGCCAUCAAUCUUCCACAAACAGUAAAAUGCAAAGCCUUUAAAAGAAAGUGGGGAACAGGCCAGUAUUACGGAGACCCGCCAUGCUCAAAGUGCAUUACUAUAUUCCAAGGUGCUUCGUUCGAGCCUUGUCAACUUGAAGCUGGUAAGGCACCAACAUGGCCCUACGGCCACUGUGCUGAAACAGAAUCUCUCAGCAAGCUCCUCAAUGCAGAGCCAGCACUCUGUCAACAAGUAGAGAUUCUUAACAAUGCAACUAACCUUAAAAGAGAUAAUGUUGUGAACAAUGCAAAAGACAGACUGGUCAGCCUGCUUGGAGGGAAAGAUUUUGUGCUUAAUGGCACUGAAUUUCAGUUCUUUUCCCCUUAACCUCCCCUCAUCUGUAUCCUAACCUCAAAUCAAGCUAAUCCCUGAUCCCCCACUGGCUCAAAUAAAAAAUUAUAAAGAGUCACAAACAGCCUAUGCAGUUUUGAGACAUUAAACCAAUCUCCUGGUUUACUCAUUCUGCAACAGUAACCAUUUUAAUUGCCCUAAGAUGUCUGUAGUCAUCAACUUCAAGUGUCCUGAAACCUUUUCUUAUGGUAGUCGUUUAGGGCUUGUGUGUGUAUUUGUAUAUUUUCGUAAAAAAUUAAAAAGCUGUCUAAACUGUA